AUGAAGACUUGGAUAAGCUGUACGUAUGUAUGCAGAAUAUCGAAAGUCUGAGACCAAUUCAAAGACAAGUUGCUAGGUUCUCUGUGUUCGGCCCCAGUGCACAUGCAUAAUUUAAAACCCCCUGUCAAUAAGUAUUUAUUGGACCCGAACCGUAAUUCAUAAAUCCGAUAACCCCGGCUUAUCGUGGUGGAGGUAGUCUCUUAACAACUUAAUUCUUAUACCUAUUAAACGCCUUGUUUGGAGAUAAAAUGAAAACUGAUUAACAGAAGGAUCGCCACUGCACCAGUGCAUUGUCAGUUUAAGGUGUCGAGACUUGUAGCAGUUUGUCUGUUAGUCUGUCGGCUCCUCUUACAACAAGCGAUCGUGGACCGCAUUCCGGGAUACAAAUCGGAAAAGAGAAGUGUAUCGUGUCCAACGUUACUUACAUUGUGAAAUAGUAUGGCCAACAAAGACCAUUCGGAUAUUUCGGACAGUGCCAGUAGCGUAGACCUUCCCGCUAUCAGUGGACUGAAUAAGAACAGCUCACACCCCGAGGAAUGGACGCUCCCCCACGAGUGGAGUAUGGAAAAGAGAGAGUUGUUUGAGAACUGGAAAAUGGAUGUUCAGAACCAGAUAGCUAACCUGGCAACAUCACUGGAAAAAUCUCUCACAGAAUACCCAAAUCCAGAUGCUGGAGACUAUUUUAAUUACGAGGAUGAAAAGAUAAAAGCCGAAAUCGAGAAGCGUGAAAGACUAUAUGCACGUUUCGCCGGCGACACUCUGAACUACGGACUGAGUCGUAAUCCAGAGAAGGCAUACCCGGACAAGUACUGAUUCAGGACCUGACUUUAGUCUGAGAAAUUGUGGAGUGAGUGAGAGAGAGAAUGUCGGGUGUUCUAAAUCUUACUACCAGUCACAGGAAUCCAAGAACAGCCUGGUCCGUAUACGCAUUGUAAACGUGUUAUACCAUUGUUGUUAGAUUACUAUAUAUAGUAUUAAACAUAUCGCUAUCUUCA